AUGUAUGGGUCAGUUGCUGCCUAUGUGAAAACUAACCGUGAGAAGGAAGGCCUCGUAACGGACUACUCUACGGACGAGGACGUGAAGAAAAUUGUGAGAAGAGCUGUUGUACAUCCUCUCGUGCCACUGGACAAGGUGGAGGAUGUCUGGGCGGAUAGUAUGAGCUCUGUACAUUCAUUUGAGGAUCUGAUUGAGCAGCUGGGAAACCCAGGUCGGUUCCAAGUCACCAUGAUACUGAUGCUCCAGAUGCAGGAAAUACCCGUUGCCUGGGCAACGCUUAUGAUGUCCGUUUUUGCCAAAGUCCCAGAUUGGUGGUGUCCGGGGGACUUCAACACAACAGGGGGAUGUUCCGACUGCACCAACGAAACCUACCAAUAUUGUCCCUCCAACCAGUCUACUUGUGACAAUCCUUAUUUUGACCCACAGAUGGCAACGGUAGUCAGCGAGUGGAACCUCGUCUGCGACAGCCAGGCCAUCCCCGCCACAAUGACGUCAAUACAGAUGGCCGGAAACCUGGUGGGCGCCAUUGUUUCUGGUCAGAUCUCAGAUGCAUUUGGACGCAAGAUUGCCCUGUACCUGUGUCUCCUCAUACUCACCGUCUCCUGCACCAUCGCAGGGUUUGCGACAUCGUGGCAGAUGUUCUCUGUCUGUUCCUUCUUCAUCGGCAUCGCCUGUGGAGGAUACCUCGUCUCCUGUUAUCCCCAGUGUGUUGAGUUCGUCCGAGCAAGAUGGCGGACGGCUGUUGGUUCCUUCCCUUUCUGGACGCUCGGACUUACCUUGUUCGGUCUCGUCGCUUGGAUCAUUCACGAUGUUAGGCAUUUCUGUUUCUUCAUUGCGGCGAUAGAGGCCCCGAUUCUACUCACAUACAGACUCUUCCCAGAAAGUAUUCGGUGGCAGUUAUCCCGCGGCCGUGUUGAUGACGCGGAGAGGACAAUUGCCCGGAUUAUAAAGAUGAACCGGAUCCAAACACCGGACUUGAGCCAGCUACAAAUGAUAGCAGAACAUGAGCAGACAAUGCAGGCCUUACAGAAGAACUAUACGUUUAUUCACCUUUACAACUCGAAGAAGAAGCUCAAAACUGCUGCCGUAUUUCAUUCAAUGUGCCUGUUGAUGGUGAGUCAGCCUGUUGAUGAUCUUGCUGGUUUGCCAACAAUCAACUUCUCUCUGGCAUUGACUGCUCAGAUGUCGGUCACAGUUGCCUGGGCGGCCAUGAAAGUGUUUACUGCUGAACACUACCCUACAGUUAUCAGGACACUUGGUCUCAGUGCCUGUAAUAUAGCAGCUGGACUGGGGAGUAUCCUUGCUCCUUAUAUGGUCCUGAUGAUAGAGCACGACCUGGUUGUACCUUAUGCAGUGAUGGGAAUUCUGAUUCUGGCCAAUGUUGGACUUCCGUUUCUGUUAGAGGAAACAGCCCAGAAGCCACUUGAAGAUGCAUAUUCACGUUCGCGGUCGGAGAACUACAACCAAACCACCCCGAUGAACACUUAGUGAAUGUGAAGUCUGACUUUUCAAUAUAUUCUGUUCAUUUCAAACCUUUAUAUAAAAUGUACAGAUAUGCCUGUUGCCUGGCAACACAAGGAGACCUAUUUACAGUUGAUGUACAUUAUAAUGAAUAUUAUGGUCCUCUUUGACAAUGUAUGUUGUCUGGACCAAACAAUUAAAGUUUCUUUUGAGAGUGUUUGCUCGAAUCCCAGAUUAGACUAAACCCUGAAAAGUACUAGAAAUCAAUACUUUACUGGAAAGUGUACCGUAAUCCCAAAUAUAAUAUGUACCUAAAGACCAGCUGACAUUGAAUUCAGUGAUCAGAACACAUGUGGCAAAGGAACAACCGCUUUUAAUAGGCUAUACAAUAAAUACUAGCAACACUGUCAA